CAUUUUUAUAUUGUAGUGGUGUGCUAAAGAUCGUAUACGCAUGACAUGAAUGCGUUGGUGGUCUUCACUGAAGUGAUGUGAUUGGUUUACAAUUUGCAAACAGAUGAUCCAAGUGAAGUUGGGACGUCCCACUUUGUCCAUGCACUACUGACGUAAAGUCACAUAAAGUCACAUGGACCUCUUUACGUAUAAUACUGCAAUGGGUGACACUGUUCCCUCUUGUUGUGUUUUCCAUUCGAAUUAAUGUAUAAGAAGCCAACACCUUGUUGUUGAGAAUGGACCCCGUUGUGCUGAGCUACCAGGACAGCCUCCUGCGACGCUCGGAUGUGACAUUAUUAGAAGGUCCUCAUUGGCUCAAUGACCAAGUCAUUGGUUUUGCCUUUGAGUACUUUGCCGCGGAUCGCUUUAAAAGCCUGGGUGAAACCAUUGUAUUUAUUAGCCCAGAGGUCACACAGUUUAUAAAGUGUGCUUCCUGUCCAGAGGAGCUGGCCGUUUUCCUGGAACCCCUGGAUCUGGCGUCCCGCCGUCUGGUGUUCCUGGCUGUCAACGACAACUCCAACCAGACCGCUGGGGGCUCCCACUGGAGCUUGCUCGUCUACCAUCAUGGCGCCGCUCACUUUGCCCACUAUGACUCUCAGAAUGGGGGCAACUCCCUCCACGCGAGGCGCAUCGCUGGAAAGCUGGAGCCUUUCUUUGGUACCGGGGGAAAGGUUCGAUUUGUGGAGGAGCCAUGCCCCUUGCAACAGAACAGCUAUGAUUGUGGAAUGUACGUUAUCUGUAACGCAGAGGUCCUGUGUGAGGGGGCUGAAGAGAAUAGCUCCCCAGUUCGCCUCCCCGUGCAGAGCAUUACCCCAGCUUUCAUAACCCAGCGGAGACGGGACUUGUGCAGGUUGAUCGACCGACUGGCUAAAGAUUGACCCUUUUCGGGCUGUUCCCAAUAGCAGAAUCAUUGAAUGCAUUCUUAUCAAAUGCAGAAUGGAUACCCUACCCCUAUUAUACACACACUCUCUCUACCUACACAUCGUACAGUAUCCAAACAAUGCACCGGCAUGCCUUUACAGCUUUUACUUUAAGGAGAAUGAAAAAAGUAUGUGGUUUCCAAGUGGAGAAGAAGCCUUUCUUGUCUUGAUGUUAUGCAUUUAAAGGGAAUGUGGAAAUGUUUACAUAUAUUAUUGCUCAGGGUCAUUUUAAAUGAACUAGGUUGACAUUACGAAUUUUCAACAGGGUGGUACUUAUGUUUGGCAGCUCAGAUUUCCCUUUUUAAAGGAUUUUUGACAAAAAUAGUGUCUUAUUUUAAUCAGUUUCAUAUUUGGUAUUCCGAUGUCUGAUAUUUGAUGAUCGAUUUUAUCAUCACAUCAUGUUAUUUUCUUUGGUUUGUGCAUGACAUCGUUAUAACAUUGCAUGAAGGCUCAACAAGCUGCAGGAAAUCAAAAUAUGGAUCAGAGGUCCCUUUUUUUUGAAGCCCCAAUACAUUUUCAUUAUAUAUAUAUAAAGUCGGCGCAGUGUAGUGAAAUACCUUCUUUGAGGUACAUGUAAAUGGAGAGUAUUCUUGAGUCAAUGGUACAAUAUAACCAAAAACUCAAUUCGGCGGGCUUGGAGACUAUGCAUACAUCUUGCUAAGUGUCUAUAUAGCUUUCCAAAUGUGUGUGUAUCCAUACAAAGACAUUAGGUAAGAUAACGCUUUAUUCAGCGCUGGACUGGAGGUCGACUGCAGGGCUUUGGAUUAGGAGCCUUCCCAAAGAAAAUGGAGCUAAGCCCUUAACCUUUAUCAUUUUUCUGUUCUGUCGUGGAUGUGUAGAAGGAAGGAUUAUAUUUAUGCACAAGAAUGUGGUCCCAUGAUGGUAACCACUACCCUAAUAAAACGGAUACACCCGAAAUCUUGGACUGGAUUUUUUGUAACUAUAAAUAGAAAGGUAAACUACUCAAGUAGAAAAAUGUUUGGCCUUCCAUGUCCAAAUAGUCAAUUUAACUGUUUAAAUAAGUUGAUGAAAAGUGAGAGACAAAGUUAGGAGCCAAAGAUAAUUUUCAGAGAAUUUCCAUCAAACCAUUUUGCCCAGUUCUAUUUAAGGUUGCAGGAGAAAGCUGAAUGAAGCAAAGCUAUUUUAAAUUCAAAACUUCUGUCAGUGUGUGAGUGAGGUGAUCCUGACAUUCCCAAGACGUUAACACUGCUUCAAUCUGCAACAUGGUUUAAGAGAGACUGGAACAUAAAAAGAAAACACCCUUAAGGGUGUAAAUAAAAAAAAAUGGGACAUGUAGGAAUGUGAACAUUUGUCUUUGGUUCCUCGAGACUAUUAUUAUGACACACACUGUGGUGUCAUCUUCAAAGCCUUGAAGACUAUUAAUUUGCCAUCCUAGUU